UUUGUUAGUAUUUUUAAAUAAUUGCCAUAACCUUUGACCUUUAGGACCAACGCUUGUAUCCUAAUCAGUGUGACUGCAUAGUUUUCCACAUAGAUCAAGGCCGGAUUAACCAUAUGGGCAAUUGGGCAAUUGCCCAGGGGCCCACGGUCUCCAAAGGACCCUGGGCAGUGAAGGCACGGACACAACGGAUGCGGGAUAUGCGUGGACAUGUCUCCCCGCACUUCCUGCAUCUGCGCUCUCUGUCUCCGCAAUUUUCUCAGCCGUAACAGCUGUUUUAUCCAUUAUUAACAUAUGGUAAUGCGUUUUUCUGAGCCGUCUUUGAACGCACCAUGAAGCGUGCGCAAGCUACUCCUGCAGAUGAGAUGACGGAUGGGAGCUGCUGUGCUGAGCAGAGCCUCGHGGUGUAAAGAGCAACUAAAACUUGGCACAGUUUUUACCAAACAAACCAUUUACAAAGAACAAGGUCAGGGAGGAGACAGACCAGAUAGCCUACAGCAGCAGGGAUCAUAAUGCAGACUUUCCUCAGCCAUGGAGACGGACGGAGAGCAGAACCAGCAGGGAGCCUCGACCAAUGGGAGCACAGCUUCUGGGACGAGCUCCCGGUCCUCACCCAUAAAUUCAAUGUCUCUGUAYGAGAGGCAGGCGGUGCAGGCCCUCCAGGCGUUGCAGAGACAACCUAACGCGGCGCAGUACUUCCAGCAGCUGAUGCUGCAGCAGCAGAUCAACAGCGCCCAGCUGCAGAACCUGGCUGCUGUGCAACAAGUGAAGGCGACGCUGGCAGCCAGUCGUCAGUCGAGUCCCUCCAGCAGCACCAGCAGUUCUUCCCAGACCACCAGCACCACAUCUGCCAGUGUAACAUCUGGAUCCAGUUCUUCAACCAGCAGCCGUGCGUUAGGCGCCUCAGCCACGUCCACCAUCAGUCAGUCGGUGUUGCUGAGCGGGACGGCAGGUGGGCAGGGACAAAUGUACCUGAGGGUCAACCGCUCCCUGAGGACUCCCAUCCAAUCUCAGCUCAUCUUCAUGCCUGGCAGCACUGCGACCGCUGCUGUGGCGACGGUGACCCAGCAGCCGCAGGAAGUGACCCCGGCUUCCUCCAGCAGCAACCAGUCUGAUAACGACCAGGCGCAGAAUCUCGCCAUGAGAGGAGUCUCGAGUCCGAAAGGAGUUAAAUCUGAAACCCCAGAUAAGAGUGACUCAGCUGCCUAUUCCUUGGUCCAGCCCUCCCACCAGUCCACCACCCAGUCCCCCACUAAACCGAGUCCACAACCGCCCCACAUCAAAAUCCCGACCUACCCCCAGCCGACCAACCUGAAAGCCCACUCUUCCUCCUCUCCUGGUGUCUCGUCUUCAACCGCGUCCUCCACUUCCUCCAUCCCUCUCUCCCAGCUCUUGCUUCACGGGACUCGGACCCUGACCACGGGGACCACGGCCCCCACGGCCGCGCACACCCUGGUCCUGACGUCCAGCGCCACGCCUCAGCCCCACGGGUACCCGGUGGGCACGGCCACCAUCAAGCCGGCGGUCAACGCUCAGACUCUGGUGGUGCAGCCUCUGCAGAAGUCCUCGCUCGGCGCGGAGAAGUCGGGGCACGCCAACGGACCCGUCCCCAUCCAACCAAAAACUCUKCAAGGGCUACGCUUGCCUCUUCCGCUGCCUUCUCGGAACCCCCCUCCCAUCCUUCCUGCCCCGACGCCGUCCGGCAGCUCCAGCCACCCUCCUCAGCCRCCACACAUCCCCGUUCAGAUAGUGGGGGCCAGGCAGAGCACGCUGGGCGGGGCCCAGGCCCUGGCGCUCGCCAGAGGCAGCUGCAGCCAGGAGGGAGCCGCYGUCCUCAGCAGCUCCUCCAGCCUGCUCACCAUGGUGGCCUCCAUCGCCUCCAGGGAGGGUGGGGUUGUCGGCCGAGGGGUGGGGCUCAAGACUCUUCAGGCUCCCCAGGAGGCCCCCCCACUAUCUCAGGCGUCUCAGGUGCAUCCACAAGCCAGUCAGAGCUCUGCGCACAGUCAGAACGGACCUUCGUCCAAUCCCGCCUCCKCUCAGUCCACCACCAUCUCAUCUCCUCCCCCCUCGCAGUCUCGCUCGACGCAAUCUUUCCCCCAGGCGACUGAAGGCCAGAGAGGAGCAUCAGCUGCUGUAACGGCCAAUGGAGACUCAGCAGGAGGCCAGACGCCACAGGGAAAGCAGAUUAGCGCCUCUCUCAAAAGAAAACCAGACUCCAGCUCAGUGAAUGACGAAGAUGGCCCAUCUCCUCCACGGCUCCAGCUGGUCAGAGACCGCUCCUCCUCAUCCUCAGCCAAGCCCAUCUGUGCAGGCUCUACGUCUCCUCCAGCCUCCUCCUCUCCUACCCCYGCGCUCUCUGUGUCUCGGGGGGUCUGCGGUCAGGGCGAGAGAGCUUCACCUCCUCAAGCUGUUGUUAAACCACAAGUCCUUACUCACCUCAUAGAAGGCUUCGUUAUUCAAGAGGGAGCAGAACCUUUCCCCAUCUGUGGUCCGGUAAAGGACUCUGCUGGGGAGGAUUUGACUGAUGACAGUCCAGACACUAACCAGUCAGAAACUGUUACCACUGCAACAGUGCUCAAGUGUGAGUACUGCAAGAAGUUUGCUCCUGCCUCCCAGUUCAGAGGCACCAAACGGUUCUGCUCCAUGACCUGUGCCAAGAGUAUGUAUUGGUUCCCCAGGUACAACGUCAGCUUCAGGCAGCAUUUCUCCAUGAGGCAAAGUCACAGCCAGCGUCGGGACCGGGAUCGAGACCAGGAUCAGGAUCAGGAUCACUUCUCAAACUCGGAUGAGGAAGGAGGAAUUGCCAGAAGGAGGGUUCCCCGCAGGACCAGCUCAGAAAUAGCCAGUGCAAAGAUUGCAGGACGACCCAUACCUGCCAAGWGCCGUUCAGAGUCCAGCCACUCAGACGAGGAGUCCAGCGUGGAGGAGGAGGAAGACGACGCCGUGUCUCUUUCUGCCGCCUCUUCGGCGUCUUGCCACCAGCCGCCUCCUCCGGUUGAAACGGAGAACUCCGCCCCCAGCUGCCUUCCCACCAGCCCCUCCCAGUGGAGCGUGGAGGAGGUGUCGCAGUUUAUUUCUUCACUACAAGGCUGCGAGGAGCUCGCCUCCCAGUUCCUGUCGCAGGAAAUUGACGGACAGGCGUUGCUCCUGCUGAAGGAGGAGCACCUCAUGUCCACCAUGAACAUCAAGUUAGGACCAGCCCUGAAGAUCUGCGCUCACAUCAACCAUCUGAAAGACUGACACAUGUCAGCACCCGGGUCAGACAUGGAACUGGUUCUGAACUGAUGACAGACCUGCAGGUGAACAUUUCAAGUCCGAUUCAUUUUCAAAGCAAAACCCACUUUUUUCUAAUCCGACCUAAAGAAGAACUCAGCUUUGUUGUUGAUUUUCUCACUGAUUUAUAUCCUGAAAGUUUCAUUUUUGUUACAUUUGAUCCUGGCUACAUGUAAAAAAAACAAGUUUAAUGUCAAGCUAUAUUUAUUUAAAGUAAACUUUCUGAAGUAAAAGUUGUUGCUGUUCAAAACCCGACCUUAAAAUAAUGUAUAACAAAGAACCUGAAUGUGUUUGCAGUUAAUUAAACCCAUUAUUUUUCAUAAAAUAAGCUCCUCUUUUGUUAAACUGAGGUUGAGCUAAUGCAGGUUAUUUUAUUAAAUCUUUUCUUUCAAGUUAAUUUUAAUCAGAAGUCAUAAAAAACUGUAAUAUUC